CUCACCUAAAAGUAUCUUUAAGGAUUUGUCUCCCAUGGCUUCAGCCAUUGUUUCUGUUCUCGUUUUUGCUGUGUUACUGUAUGGGUGUCUUCUUGUAAGUGCUACCACCAAUGUUUAUAUUGUGUAUUUGGGAGAGACACCCCACGAUGAAAUCGAGCUGAUUCAGGACUCACACCAUGAGCUUCUCUCCAAGAUUCUUGGAAGCAAAGAAGCUGCUGAGGAAUCGAUUCUGUACAAUUACAAGCAUGGAUUUUCUGGGUUUGCUGCUGUAUUGACAGAGUCUCAUGCCAAGCUUAUUGCAGAUCUCCCGGGAGUUGUCCGCGUUCUUCCAAAUAGAAUUUUUAGUUUGCAGACGACUAGAAGUUGGGAUUUUCUGCAAGUGAAGCCUCAUUUUCUUGAUGGAAUUCUCGGGAAGAGGCAUUGGGGUGUUGGAUCAAUUAUUGGCGUCCUGGAUACUGGUGUAUGGCCUGAAUCCCUAAGCUUCAACGAUGAGGGCAUAGGAGAGAUUCCACGUCGAUGGAAAGGGAAAUGCGAGAAAGGAGAACAAUUUAAUACAUCCAAUUGUAAUAGAAAAAUUAUUGGUGCUCGUUGGUAUGUCAAAGGAUAUGAAGCUGAAUUUGGGAAGUUAGAUACAAGUGAUGGUUUCGAAUACUUAUCUCCUCGGGAUGCUGCAGGCCAUGGGACUCACACUGCAUCUACUGCAGCCGGUGCUUUGAUAGGAAAUGCAAGCUUUAUGGGACUAGCCCAAGGAUUGGCAAGAGGUGGUGCUCCAUCUGCUUGGAUAGCAAUCUACAAGGUUUGCUGGGCUACUGGUGGUUGUAGCUCUGCAGACCUCCUUGCUGCAUUUGAUGAUGCAAUCUUUGAUGGCGUGGAUGUGCUUUCAGCCUCUCUUGGCUCAUCACCUCCACUUCCUGCUUAUGUUGAGGAUCCAUUAGCUAUUGGUUCAUUCCAUGCUGUGGCGAAAGGGAUAUCUGUGGUCUGCUCUGCGGGAAAUUCUGGUCCUUAUCGUCAAACUGUAAUAAAUACAGCUCCAUGGAUUGUUACUGUUGCUGCAAGCACCAUAGAUAGAGCUUUUCCUACUGUGAUUACGCUGGGGAACAAUCAAACUCUUCAGGGUCAGGCUUUUUAUACAGGGAAACAUGUGAAUCAGUUUUACCCCAUUGUGUAUGGUCAAGACAUUGCAGCUUCUGAGGAAGACGAAGAUGCUGCAAGUAAUUGUGAUUCGGGAAGCCUGAAUGCUGCUUUAGCAAGAGGAAAAGUAAUUAUCUGCUUCCAAUCUCCGUCACAGAAGACUGCUGCCACUGCUAUAAGGACCGUACUAAGAGUUCAAGGUGCUGGUCUCAUCUUUGCACAGUUUCCAAGUAAAGAUGUCACCAUCUCCUCGUAUAUUCCUUGUGUACAUGUGGACUUUACUAUUGGAACAUAUCUUCUCUCAUAUAUGGAUGCAAGCAGUAAUCCCAUGGUCAAGUUUAGCUUGACUAAGACGACCAUUGGGCAACAGAUAUCGCCUGAAGUGGCAUUCUUCUCUGCUCGAGGACCAAGUUCCCUUUCACCCUCCGUGCUUAAGCCUGACAUUGCUGCUCCCGGUGUGAAUAUCUUGGCAUCAUGGUCCCCAGCUUCUUCCGUUUCUGAUCCAGUCAACUUCAAAAUUGAGUCGGGAACCUCCAUGGCUUGCCCCCAUAUUUCUGGCAUUGUAGCUCUUCUGAAAGCUAUCCAUCCAACAUGGAGCCCUGCAGCUAUCAAAUCUGCACUAAUCACAACAGCUUCUCUGGUGGAUGUAUAUGGCCAAACUAUCGUGGCCGAGGGAGCUCCUCACAAGGUGGCUGAUCCAUUUGACUAUGGAGGUGGUCAAGUUAACCCUAACAAAGCCCUAAAUCCUGGUCUCAUUUAUGACAUGGGAACAUCAGAUUAUAUCCAGUUUCUUUGUUCAAUGGGGUACAAUGACACUGCCAUCAGCCGCUUGAUGACUAACACUAGCACUUCAUGUGGUAAAUCAAACAAUUUCCUCAUAAGUCUUAAUCUGCCUUCUAUCACCAUUCCUGACCUGAAAGGAAAGUUGACUGUUUCAAGAACGGUGACCAAUGUUGGCCCCGUAAAUUCUGUCUACACCGCUCGUGUUCAAGCCCCCGCUGGUACUUAUGUGAGAGUUAAACCAUCUGUUUUGCAUUUCAAUUCAAGGGUAAAGGAGAUGAAGUUCAAGGUAACAUUUUCGUCCAAGUUAAGAAUUCAGGGAAGAUACUCAUUUGGAUAUCUGUUCUGGGAAAAUGCUUCACAUGUAGUUAGGAUACCUUUGAUUGUGAGAAUUGUAAUGGACGAAUUUUGUGCAGAAACAUGAUCAGAAUGUCACAAGUUAUUUGUUAUCAUUAGUGAUCAUUUGUUCCUACAUUUGUUGUCUCGAAGUCAUUGCGAUUACCUAUCCA